AUGCAUGCGGGAGCGUUGCCCCCCAUCCCGGCAGUCACUCUUCUUCUCUUCUUCACUCUCGUCACACAGGCCACCACUUUCUUCAUUCGAUCUUUCAUUCCACCUGAUAAAACCUGCAACUCAACAGCCGGUCACGAGUGUUUCGCGUUGAUGUUUGAUCGAAUGGCUGAAGUAUGCACGGAUCGCGAACCAUUGACAUUCAAAUGUAUUCAUUAUAAUUUUCUUGAUCAAUGCUUUAACCAGAGAGUCGGCUACUGCACGACGGCUCAGAUCACAACUUUUGCUCAAGUCGGUCUCGAUAAAUCUCGAAAGAAAUGUGAACGAAUAGAAACAAAAAGUUAUCGAGAUAUAAUCCCACCUCGCGCGUCUUCCCGGCAAUUUGGUGACGAAAGACUGCGAUUACCAGCUACACAACUCAUCUCAACAUUCGGAUAUUUGCAAACACAUUGUUCAGCAAUUCAGAAUACUAGUUGUGUUGCUGAAGCAAUGGAGCAUAUUUUCGAGCACUGUGAGCAUGAGAUUCGAUCGAAAAUCAGUCAGCCAACUGCCAGUGAUUUUGAUCGCCACAAAUUAUUGAGAAUAAAAUUGGAUGCUUCUCGGCGACUGCUUGCUUUUCUUGAGACUGAAAAUCAUUAUGAGUGCUUGAUGGUGAAAUGGAAUCUCAAACAGAUUCAUAAGAUUCAUGAGCAACAUUGUUUUCAUACGAUAAUGACACGAUGCUUGUGUGAGAGGGCUGAGUUCGAGAAGCACUGUAAUGUGAAAUGCAAGGAUUUAGAGGUUGCCCCACCAGAGAUCACAGAAAGAGAAUGGGAAGAGCUUCGGUCAAGACUCCAUCAUGGCGCAUCCACUCGUCACUUUUCUUCUCUUCUCAUUAUUAGCUUUUUGGCAAUUCUUGUUAACUUCAAUUUU